AUGGGAGGCCUCAAAUCGCGCAAGAAAAGGCCAGAAACGGCUGCGGAAAUGGAAAAAAUGAUAAACGAAAUGAAAAAAAAGGUACAACUUUCAGAGGGUCAAAGAAAGGCCCUGUUUGAAGAAUGCGAAACAGAACAAAAGAACAACACCGAAAAAAUCGAAACCCUAAAGAAGGAAGUGUCGCAAUUAAUCGUAACUUUACGAAACAAAACUAGUAAUAGCGUAAAGGACAGGAUUAGAAUCCCACAACUCAAUUCUGUAGCAGCAUACUUGGGUGAAAAGAUGUGCAACGAAGUGAUAGUCGUCCUAGACUUACAGGUCAUAGACAAAGUAAAAAAACUAGACCUAAUUCGCUACAAAAUCGCCGAGAAGGAACGCUGUUUAAAAGAAAUGGCCAAACAAUAUCAGCAACUGCAAUCGCAACAAGUUAAAAAGAGUUUCGCAAAAAAAAUCAAAGCGCCAGUUACCAGAACCACCUUCAGCAUAGAAAAUCAAAUUCACGCGGUUCAAGUGCAAUGGCGUGAAGCAAAUCACAUAAAAACGCGUUACAUUGACAUAAAAAGGUCCCUCUUAAACGAGACAGCAAGUUAUCAUGCUAUCAUAAAAAAUACGGAACAAGAACUCAAAAUUCAAGAGUCCGAAAUAGAAAAAUUACAAAAGAUAGGCGCUGAAGCAGCCAAAAAGAAAGCUUUCGUAAGAACAGAAUUGUUACACGAAGAAAAAUCAGCCGUCCUUUCAGCUAUGGAAAGGGAAAGGUUGGAAUCCCAAGGAAGACGACUGGUGGCUGAAGGUCGUCAAGAAUUAGAAAAACUGGAACAACUAAUUUUCAUGAGCGGAAAAACUCAAGAAAGACAGGACGAGGAAAACCCAGAGGAAGGACAACUGGACGAAGACCAACUCCUUAGUCCCAAUCCCGAACAAGACCUCAUCGAUACGUUUGAUAAGUUAAAAGAAACUGCCGGUGCUAAAGAUGCUGAAGAAACUUUAGAGAAAUUCCAGAUACAAAGAACAACGCUUUCGCGAUUAGAAAAUUUAAAGGCAACGUCUGAGAAACAAAAGAGUAAGUUAGAAAGACGAAUUCAACAACUGACUAACCAGCUGGAAGCUUUUAAAUUUGCUGAAGUCAAAGAAGCCGAGCAAAACAUAGAAGAUAUAGANUGGAAGGUAAUUGGAUCCGAAGAGGAAGAAGAAGUGCCUACGAGAGACCAUCUCAAGAAACAAGCCCAAAUGGUUGUUGAAGCAAAAUCGCGAAAAAAAGUUAUGAGAUUUGCGCAAAGAAAAUAAUAUAAAUA